UAUUGUUCGGUUUGAAGAGUUUGGGGGCGGUCGGUGCUUUGUUUUUAUUUUGGGGUCUGUAAGCUACCACUAGCCGGAUAACUCCACUCAAAUACCACCCCUUGCAUGACUGGGCUGAGGUUUAUUUUAAUGAUAUAGCAGCAUUUGUAUCCAGGUAGUGGUAAGCUAACAAGUUAGAUCCCAAAAAAAAGUAGCUGAUGGAAGCGCGGGUAUCGGAAUUAUUUGGCUCAGGGAAUGGCUCUGGACCUCAAGGUGUUGCGUCCAAAGUCAAGCCGGGAAAUAGCUAUGGGGUAGCCCCAAAAAAAGCUUGUGUAAAGAACAACAAGAAAUCCAAAGCUCGAUUCCCUCGAAACUACAAACCAAGCAAUAACACCCCAUAUCUACCUCCAGAGGCUGAAGAGGGAAAUAUAGAGUACAAGCUAAAGCUAAUAAACCCCACGCAAUACCGCUUUGAGCACCUGGCUACACAAAUGAAAUGGCGACUGCAGGAGGGUCGAGGCGAAGCUGUCUAUCAAAUAGGUGUUGAGGAUAAUGGCAUGCUGGUGGGACUAUCGGAGGAAGAUCUGAGGACAUCACUGACAACGCUCCAUAUGCUGGCAGAGAAGGUUGGAGCCGACAUCACUGUUCUAAGAGAAAGAGAGGUCGACUAUGACUCGGACGUGCCUCAUAAGAUUGCUGAAGUUCUCAUUCGCAAGGUGCCAGAUGACCAGCAGUUCUUGGACCUGCGAGUAGCUGUACUGGGUAAUGUGGACUCGGGCAAGUCCACUCUGUUAGGUGUUCUGACACAGGGUGAGCUGGACAAUGGACGGGGAAGAGCGAGGCUCAACCUCUUCAGACAUCUACAUGAGAUCCAGACCGGACGCACUUCAAGCAUCAGCUUUGAGAUCCUUGGCUUUAAUAGUAAAGGAGAGGUUGUGAAUUACAGCGAGUCUCGGACAGCAGAGGAAAUUUGUGAGAGUGCCUCUAAAAUGAUCACAUUCAUAGAUCUAGCGGGUCACCAUAAAUACCUGAAGACCACCAUCUUUGGCCUCACCAGCUACUGUCCGGAUUUCGCUAUGUUGGUCGUCAGCGCAAAUACGGGCAUUGCUGGUACAACACGGGAGCAUCUUGGGAUCGCAAUGGCCCUGAAGGUGCCCAUCUUCAUCGUCAUCAGUAAAGUGGACCUCUGUACGCGAGCCACAGUGGAGCGCACUGUGCGGCAGUUGGAGCGUGUCCUGAAGCAGCCGGGCUGUAACAAGGUGCCCAUGGUUGUAAGCAGUACGGACGAUGCCGUCACGGCAGCACAGCAGUUCGCCCACUCUCCCAACAUCACACCCAUCUUCACCUUGUCCAGUGUGUCUGGUGAGAGUCUAGACUUGAUCAAGGUCUUCAUCAACAUCAUCCCUCCUCUCAGCAACAGCAAGAAGCAGGAGGAGCUAAUGCAACAGCUAACUGAGUUUCAGGUGGAUGAGAUCUACACAGUGCCAGAGGUGGGGACUGUGGUGGGAGGUACUCUGUCCAGUGGUAUUUGCCGGGAGGGAGAUGAUCUUGUAGUAGGGCCCACAGACUUGGGCCAGUUCCACAAGUUGACCAUCGAGAGCAUCCAAAGGAACCGCUCAGCGUGCAGGGUACUCAGGGCCGGCCAGGCUGCCACACUCGCCCUGGGCGACUUCGACCGCUCACUACUACGCAAGGGCAUGGUGAUGGUGAGUCCGGAGAUGGAUCCCACCAUCUGCUGGAUGUUCGAGGCUGAGAUUGUGCUGCUCUUCCAUGCCAAGACCUUCCACAAGGGCUUCCAGGUUACUGUGCACAUUGGCAAUGUGAGACAGACCGCUACUGUGGAAGCUGUAUACGGCAAGGAGGAGCUGAGGACAGGGGAGAAAGCAGUGGUUCGCUUCAAGUUCAUCAAGCACCCAGAAUACCUGAAGGUGGGAGCUAAAGUGCUCUUCAGAGAGAGCGUGACAAAAGGUAUCGGCCACGUCACCAAGUUGCAGCCCAUUGCCCAGUACCGACCUUCCCCAAGCGAGGAUGACGAAGCCUGAAGUUUAUCUGAGGAAAAACAACAGAAAACGCCGUCCCACACAAAAAAAUGAUGCUUUAUAAACAACUUCCUGCUCUCUCCGAAGGCCACUCUGUCCUGUUCUCUGCACAGGAGAUUGUUGUUUUAUCACUGCUUUCAAAAUGCCUUGGUGUCACCUUCCUACUCUUGUCUCCUACAGCCUUUUUAAAUAACUACUUAUUUUUUUAGUCCACUUUCUGGUGUUGAGGUUUAAAGAGUUGCUUUGCACAGCACUGAUAAGAAGACACCCCUCAGCCAUUGAGCGUCAAGAAAACACAUAGUUGCAUAUGGCAGCUAGGAAAUUGCGUACACACAUCUACGUUGAAGUGCUCCUUACGUAGGUUACACCUAAGUGCACUCCUAGCGCACACUUUGAGAAACACGCACUUGCACUGAAACAUAAAUGCCAGUCUCGAUAUACCUUUUGGCAGAUAAUUGUUUACAAACAGUUGCAAGUAUGAGAUGCUUGGACAUUAAUUUAUCACCAAUGCCAUUGUUGUCAUCACCCCACAACAGCUUGUCUGUAUGACCAUUAUAGUGCCUGACUGAAAAAUAUAAGCCUCACUGUAUAUGAAUACUCUUUCUGAAUAUUUUUAUGAAUCAUGUGAAGAAAUAGUAACGGCAUUACUUUUGUGGUUCUCAGACAGCUGGUCAGUUGUUUAUAAGCUAAACCACCUCGCUUCAAGCUAUACUAUUGCUGACAAAAGGACACUUUGUGAAGGUAAAGGAACAGCAUUGCGAGGUAUUCAAAGUUAGAACUUUUACCCAGUUUGUUUGUCAGCCUGCCGUGAUGACUCACAUUGUCACUCACUUUGCAAGUGGUGUUGUUAUGUCACAUAUGUCCAGAGAAUUAUGUUUUUUUUUAAUCACAAAUAACGCCUCACGACGGUAGUGCUCUUGCUGCCUGUUUUUCAAGUGCUUUAGUUACUCAGGUCAGUUUAGAUAUUAGACAGCAUUCCACUCUCACAGAUCCACUCCACUGGAGGUUUCUGUUGCUGACUUGGUGGGGAGGAAAAGAAAGACGCGUGUUUCUCCCAAAGAGAUGUUUGAUUAGGGAUUGUAUAGUGUUUGAAACUGCCUACUGAUGCAGCUUUGUUUUAAAGCAAUUAUGUUUGAGGUUCUUGAUGUCGUCUCUUCCCUUCCGUAACUGAUGUCACCAACUUUGGGUUUUAACACAGUGCCUAAUGGAACUAAUGUUGGAGUAGCCCACCAUUACACCCAAACGUUGUACAAUUAGUAAAACUAUCUAAUUGAGUUGGUGCUAUUCCUGGAAACAGCUUUUGAUAUUUAGAAGCAGCUUUGAAAAUUAAUGUUAAUUGCUACUCUGUGUAAGGCUGCUGUUGGCCUUCUGUCUGAUUAUAGCAUGUUGAUGUGACUCUGGCAUAGAUUUGUUGUCCCACUGACAUCAAAGAUAAAGGGGUCAGCUGAAAUGUGUGCCCUGCUUUGUUGUUUUUAUGCACACUUUGUGUGGACUCAGAGGAAAGCUUAGAACGCAUUUCAACCAAAAUAUUUAAUAGUCUUUAUGAAGGGUAUCAGGUGUUAUUUUUGUUUAAAUGCAUCUGACUAUUUUAUAGAUUUGUAGUUGUUCCAGAUUUUACAAUUUAUUCAAUCACGUUCUUCAUGGUUUUCAGUCUUAAUGACACCAACACAUCUUCACUUUUUAAAAAUCACAUUUAAGACCUUUCCUUUAAAUUGAAAGUGUAAUUUUUCUGAUCAUUAUUUGGGUGAAAUGCAAUAUUUAUGUACAGAUCCAGUUUGUGUUUCAUGAUGUACAUCAAUAAAUGUUAUUGUCUCUUUAA